AUGAUUGACUUAUCCUCUAUUCCAAAUUUGAGGAAUCAAUAUUAAAAUGGAGCUGACAAUAUUAUGGCCCAAACUCAUAAUUUUAACCCAGUACCUUAAAAUGUAGAUAAUGUGAAGAAUCAAAAGUAAAUUGUUAAUAUAUAAUAGGCGAAACUUCAAUCUAAAAGUAGGUGAUAUUAUCUAUUUUAAAUCUUAUUUUAGUGAUGAUUUUAAAGGAGUAAUAUCUGGUGAUGGAAUUGCAAGCAAUAAAUUAGAAUGUGUGUAAAUAUUAGGAAAAAAUAAAUUACAAGAUAUCUCAUCACAAAAUAGCUUAUAGUUUAAGGUAGGGAGCCUAUCUUUCUAAAAAUGUUUAUUUUAAGUAAUUACAGGAAAAAAAUACUUAUAUUAAAAUUAAUAUAAGGUAUAAAGAGAGAAGCCUGUAGAUUCAAUAAGGGAUAUCGCUGCAGAUGAGACCUACCAGAAUGAAUUGGAUAAGUGGACUUCUGAUUUUGAUUAAAAAAUAGAAGAAUUUCAAAAAAAGUGUGAUGAGGAAAUAAAUGAGAAUGAGAGAUUAUACAAUCAUUUAUAUGGAUCUAAUAUUGUUUAUGGUUAAGAAAUUUAGCUAUUACAUAUUUAUUCAGGUUGCACACUUUCUCUCAAUAGUGAUGUUUUAGCAAAGGAAAAUUGUUGUAGAGAACUAUCCUUAGAGGAAAAUUCAAAUUAAUAUUCAAACUUUAGAAUUUUACCAAUGAAUUCUGUAAAAAAUGCAGGUGAACCAAUAUUGUAUGGAGAUUAAAUUAUUAUCUAAAAUUGUAUUUAAUCACAAUGGAAUUUAAGUGUGCAAAUGCCAUCUGAUAAUGUUUAUAAGAAAGAUGGACUUGAAGUAAAUGCAUCAGAAAAGGCCUAUCCAUUAAAAAUUUCAAGUUACAUUGACAAUAAAACAGAAGAAGAUAUUAAUAAAUAAUAAAUUAAGGGAAAGUAUUUACAGAGUGGUGACGUUUUAACCAUAAAGAACAGGUAUUUUGGAGGAUACUUAUGUAUUAAGAGAAUAAAAAGAAUUACUGAUGAAUUAGAUAAGAAAGAAUUAAUUAUAAAUUAUUCUGAAACUAAUAUAUAAUAUUCAAUAAAUCAAUAUUAUUUUGAUGUGGAUAAAAUAAGAAAUGAAAAAAUUAAUUAAAUGUAUUAAUUAUAUGUUGAUACUACAUAAGAAGCAGAUGAAAAUUUAAACUGUUUAUGGUAAAUUUAGCAUGUUGAUAGUUUAAUAUAUUAAAAGUCAACUUAUGAAAGUGUAUUUUUGAUAAGACAUGUUUGUACUGGAUUAUUGUUAUAAAUUACAAAUAAUGGAGUUGGAUUAACUUAUGAUGGAUUAAAGAUGGAAUGUCAAUUUAAUCUGAAAUGUAAAAAAUAAUCAAUUGAUCCAAUUUCUUAUAGUGAGACAUUUAAAAUAUAAUCAGCAAUCACAAUAUCAAUUGAUAAUUAUAUUGCAAAAGAAAGUGUAGUUUUAGUUUGCUAAGAUGAUAAGAAAGUUGCAGUGUAAAGAAAAAGUUAAAAAUAAAAUAUAGAAAAAGCAACUUUUUUAUUGAAGUCAACUUCUUAGGAACUCUAGAAAAUAUCAUUAAGGAUUAAUUCUCUUCAAGAAUAUUUAAUUUAGUUUUACUUAUUUUUAUAAGAUUGGGGUGUAGUAAAACCUUUCUAAAAACAUUAAGAAGAAAAACGAAAAUAUGAAUAUUAUCAAGCUUUCAAUAAUCAAAAAUUAUUAUUUGAUUAAAUAUUAUAACUAUUUCAAAAUUUGGAUAAUUUAAAAAUGUAUUUAACAAAUGAUGGAAUGCCUUAAUCUAAUGAAUAAUAAUAGAGUAAUUAAAAGAUUGUAAUGGAUAAUGAUAUUAUAAGUUUACUUUUUGCAAUUUUAAGAUUGUGUAAUUGUAUGAUCUAUGGAAAUCUCAAAGAGAAUACAAAUAUUAUUUAAGAUAAAAGUCCUUAAAAAAUAGCCAAAAUGAAAUUAGAUCCAUUUAUUACUUAAUCCAAAAAAAUGAAUUGCAUUUAAGAAAUCUAUUCUGUUUUGAGUCUCUGUGUUUAAAGUAAUCCAGAAACAAGCUAUUAUGUAUUAAGUUUAGAAAUGAAUAAAGAGAGUAUUUUAGAUUUUUUGCUUUAAUAAUUAAAGUAUUAAAGGGAACAUGUAUCCAAUUUAAUUAAAGAAAUUGUGCGUUAUACUGAUAUGAGUGAUACAAAAACUAGUUUAAAGAAAUGGGUUAAUGAACUCUAGCCAAUAACUGAAGAAAACAUUGAGGAUUAAGCAUUAUAUAUUGAAAUAUUAAGUUUGAUGAUGAUUGAUCCUUAUGAAAAUCCAAAUUCUUUUUGUUAAGACUCUUGUAGAAGAUUAUUAUUCGGAAGUAAACAUUAACCUGAUCAAUCUUUUCCUUUUUGUAAGGCUUUAAUUGCAUUGGAUAUUUAUGAAGAAAAUUAAAUUAUUAUCCAUAUGUUCUAUUUUCUCCAAAAAGAGAAAAAGGAACACUACUAUAAUUAUCACAUUAAUUUGGGGAAAAUAAUCCAACUUUUUGUCAAUUAUAUCUAAGGUUUGUUGAAAAAUAGAUCAAAAGUAGUAAUAGAUUUAAGAAACAAAGACCUCCUUUGGUAGAUGUUACGAUUGAUUUCUUUACUACUGAAACAUUAAAGGAAAAUUAAUUGGUGA